CAAUCAGGACUUUAUGAAUAUAAAAUCUUUGGUGGUCUUGCUGACAUUCCCCCAAAAUUGUGUGCUGAUGUCUACAUGGACUUGGAUUUCAGAAAAAAGUGGGAUCAGUAUGUUAAAGAACUGUAUGAGGAAACAUAUGAUGGUGAAAAAGUAAUCUACUGGGAAGUGAAGUACCCUUUCCCUCUCUCAAACAGAGAUUAUGUCUAUAUCCGCGAGAGCCGGGAGAUGGAUGUGCAGGGGAGGAAGAUCUGGGUUGUGUUGGCAAAAAGUGUGGCUGUUCCUCAGUGCCCUGAGAAGCCUGGUAUUAUCAGAGUUAAGAGCUAUAAACAAAGCCUGGUAAUUGAAAGUGAUGGCAAGGCUGGAAGUAAAGUCUAUAUGUACUACUUCGAUAAUCCUGGUGGCAUGAUUCCAACCUGGCUGGUCAACUGGGCUGCCAAGAGUGGUGUGCCUGCUUUCUUGAAGGAUAUACAAAAAGCUUGCCUUAAUUAUUCUAAGACACAUGGGUGUUGAAAUUGAUUUGAAUAAUUUAAUUCCUAGAUCUCUGCUCUUACAGGAGCAGAUGUAUAUAUACUGGAUAUAUACUAUUUAUAUAUUACACUGGAUGAAAUCUACCUCUAAUAUUGGAAAGAAUUCUAUUUUAUUUUGAGUUAUGCCUUGAGUUUUAUUACAUUUUUUUUCGACUGAAGAGCUGGCCACUGGCAAAGUAGCACCAAUAUCAACUGCAGCUUUUGAAAAUACUCAAGUUUUACCUUGUUCCCCAUGCUUUGCUUAUGCUGGUGGUCAGGUAUCAACUAGAGGAGUUCUGUGCUGGAUAUGUUACAUCCUUGCACAAGAAACAACAAUCUUACCAGAAAAAUGUCUGGACUUGGACUUAUCUGCAUGUGUUAUGCCUGGAUCUGCUUUUGCUACCCAAGUUUGUCAUUCUUAAACUCUCUGCCUGAUAUAAACCUAAAAAAUGCUGAGGAAUGAGGUAAAUUACUAGAAAUGUGCAAUAGGAAGUCUGUGAUGCUAAGCUCCCUUAAAUCCAGCUGUAAAAAGAUCAAGCCUAAAGCCGUGCAUUCACAGCUCCAUACUUCUGCAUGAAAUGUAAAAACUUUUAUUUGUGUCCAGCUGGAAGAAAAACAGACUUCUUGCAUGUCUGAUAUAAGGGGAACAAGUUUUAUCUCCAGAGUCAGUAGCCUUAUCUAUAAAGCAGCUUGGACACCAGCUUGAAACUGGAGGUAAUUUUAAACUGGGUGCUUGCCACUAAAUGUGGAUGAGCUUGAUGUGGAACUUGGGCUUGCUUGCAUUUUUAAAUUUAAUGCUGAUAUAAAGAAUGGAUGGUGACACACUAAAAGCUUAACUGAGCAGGAAAUUAAAUUUCCAGCACCUUUUCUGGGGGUGGGGUGGAGGGAGGAGGGACAGGGAGUGCAUAAAGGAGUGAGAGGACACCAUUCUCAGGGAUUUAAAAUAUUCAACAUUUUUCCUAAAUCGAAUCCUGUUUCUGAAUAAGUCUGGUAAUGGAGUAGCUUUGUGUUGUAAAAAAUAAACAAUUGAAAUGAUGCAUUUACACCUUGUGUGACUAUUUCCAAUAAAUCAUUAUUUUGUCCAUGUA